AUGUCUUCUACUACUUCUUCUUCUUCCUCGUCAUCAUCGUCAUCAUCAACUUCAGCCCCAUAUGAUGUUGUUGCUGCUCCUGAUAUCCCUGGCCCUAGUACGAGGAGAACCGCUCAAUUUGAAGGUCCUUCCUCCUCUCGUCAACGUCCUAUGAAUGAGGUCUUGCCUGAGCCUUUUCUUGAAGCUUUGGCCAACCAAGUCGCCAUUGAUGCUGCUAACUACAAUGGACGUCUUGCUGCUGCUCAGGCCCUUGCAUAUUUUUUUCGGGUUUGUUCCACGUGGCGGGAGGUGUCGCGCUCGGAUCUGCUGUGGGAGCACCUCACGAGGCGCAUCUGGCGAAGGACGUUCCGAGUGAGGGACACGUGGCACACCGAGUACAUCAACUGGCAUCGGACGGCUACGAACUUCGAGACUGGAAGGCUGUCGUUUAUGACUCCGCGCUUUGAUCCUUCGGAGCAUCGCCGGGGCUUGAUCUGCCGCUGCCUCUCCCUUUCCGACACCCGCCUCGCGUGCGGCUUCGUAGACGGCACCGUGCGGGUCUUCGACCUCGAAACCUACGACCACGUCAGCACCUACCUGUCCGACCACGGCCACCUCUUCGGGCCCUACUCGCGCUCUGUCUCGGGAAUCAUUAUCACCGACUCCGACAUCACCUUCGCCAGGCUGGACGGGGACAUCUAUGUGGACGCUAUCAACGUGCAUGGGCAGAGCCAAGCGCGGCGGGUCGUGUCGGGGUUCGUGAUGAACAGCGGGGUCUUGGUCGGGUUCGCGGGAACGCGGCGGCGGUGGGUGGGUCUGUUCGCGGGGAUAGCGGAAGGUGCGUUCCAGGUUUGGAACGCGGAGAGCGGGGAGCGCCUGUUCCUUGGGGGGUCGUUAACGGAUCCGGAAACGGUUAUGGGGUGGCACAUGCUGACGGAGUUGGUUGACCCGGUGGGGCGGGUGCGCGUGACGGAGGAUGAGUUCGUGGUGGCAUGCACUGGUUUGAGGCUGAUCUGUUUCAACGCGUGGAACCCGGAGGUUCUUCUGCGGGACGAGAUGUCGGCGUCGGGGUUCGUGGUGAGUUCGAUGGACGUGAGUUCGGAGGCGUUUGUGGUGGUGGAGCGUGGUGGGGUGGGAACGGUUUGGCGCGUGGGGACGAUGGAGUUGAUGAGCCGGUUUGUGUUGAGGAGUUCGUGGGUUCGUGGGUUGUGGGGUUGCAUGAACCUUGGGUACGUGGUAACCUAUUCUCCUAACCCUACGCCAUUCUUGAGGGUUUGGAACAUUGAGCAAGAAGAAGGACGGCUGUGUGUGAGAGUGUUCCUGCGAGCAGGAGAGGUGAAUAGCAUGGUGGGUGAUGACAGACACGUGGCUAUCUCUUCCAACAACAUUAACCUAUUGGAUUUUGGUGUACAGAAUCCUUAGCCCUAGACUUAGACUUAGGUUUAGGUUUUUAGGAUGCAGGAGUGUACUCUGAUGCUAUGUCCUCCCAUUCAUUCUAACUUUCGAUUCCUUUUUGUACCUAUUUCUUAAAAUUCACCUCCAUUGUUACUCUUUCUUUUCUUCCAAUGCAUCUGCAUAUUUCAUUGUUUAGUGAGUACAAAGACAAGCAUGGGAAUCCACCAUGCAUGUGCUCAUUUGGAUAUUGGUUU